AUGAACGGUCACCGGGGUUUCUCUGUGCUGCGUUCUGAGGCAGUGGGGGCUGUGAGGACAGCUCUGGUGUCUGCUGAGAACCUCCAGCUCACCUUAAAGACUGAACUCAGCCAGGAGGAGCAGCACCUCAAACCCCACACACACACCAACGGAGGCCCCGAUGAGACACACACCAAAGGGUACUGUACAGAAGUGUGAGUCUUGGCACAUGCUUGUGUUGUGUGUCUCUUCAAGUUGACCAAAUAGCCUAGUGUUUCCUGAUCUCUCUAGCUGAUUAGUGUUAGUUGAUUGUGACGUUAUCGUGAGUCACUCACGACCUGACAUUGCUUUUUUUGCGCCUGGUAACAACACCCAAUAUGGUUAAAUUGUGUUUUGUGUUUUUAAUUCUCUCUCUACCCAUCCCCCUCUCUCCCUCCUCAUGUUGUUCAAUUUGGUUUAUUUGUUUUGAUUUAUUAGGAUCCCCAUUAACCGACGCCAAUGGCGACAUCUAGUCUUACUGGGGUCCGACAUAUAACGAAAAAUACAUUACAGACAAAGGACUUUACAGUUUACAUACAUUUAAAAACAUGAACAUGUAGUGUGUGUGUGCAUCUGUCAGUUACACGUACAUGUCCGUACAUACACACAACAAGUAGGUCACAUGGGGGAGAGACGUUGUGCCCUGAGGUGUUGCUUUAUUUUAUUUUUUUAAACCAGGUUUGCUGUUCACUUGUGCUAUAUAAGAUGGAAGGUAGUUCCAUGCACUCAUGGCUCUGUAUAAUACUGUACGCCUCCUUGAAUUUCCAACACAUUCAUGUUUCAUAUAAAAACAAUAUGUGACGCAGUCAGUUCAAUGUGAAACAUCUGCCUGGUCUUGUUGAACACAACAUUAUAUUCUUAAAUGUUGUUUUCUGUCUAACCGUACCUCUGUCAUUGAGUGGCCAGAACCGUCAAUCUGUCUCUCUCGCUGUACAAUCAAUGACCUGCUGUGUGGUUGCACAUUCUUCUGUGGAAGGGUGAGGGUUGUGUUGGUCUGGCUGGGUUAACAUCAUGUGAGAUUCUGCUUGCUCACUGGUCGAAGAUGUUUCCAUAGCAAUGCUAUGAUAUUUUGAAUGUAUCCAGUUGAGUAUGAUGGUACAGUAAGGGGAUGAAUUGUUGAAUGUGUUGUUGAUAGUUUGAGCAGAUCUGUAGACCAUCUAUAGAGGACUUUCCAAAUAAAGUAGGGAAGCUGAGGCCCUAUAUUAUUCUUGCAGCCAUUUGACAUUGUAUGAAUGGAACUAGAAUAGCUCUCCUACUGGAAUUUGUAAGCUACGUGAAAAUGUCUCUAAUUCCAGAGAGGUUCCCCACAUGACUAUCAAUUUAUAGCAGGAGCAAAGUUAAUGCAGGACAUAAUGCUCUCCAUAGAUCAGUGUUAGUCUUGGUCUAGGCGGACCUUUGGCCCAUCUCCCACCAAGGACACAGAUAGAGAUCCAUCAAGUCAGGCUGCAUCCUUUUACAGAUGAUACAGCUGAUAUAAAAAGUGCACUUGAAAUAAGUCAAACUCUCUGUGCACCACAGUUUUCCAGUCUUAAAUUAAUUAAAUUCAUGAAUCAAUUCCUGGCUACAUCAGUGAGAGUUGUCUGGUGUAAAAAAGCGCAUCUGCAAUGCAAGUAAGCAGUGUGAUAAUAUGAAAUAUUAUACUGUACAUUUUCUAAUCUCUUCCUCCCCCUCCAGGAAUGAUGACCUUAAAGAGAUGCUGGAGAGCAACAAGGAGUCGCUUAAACUGGAAGCCAUGAAGAGGAUUGUUGGGGUGAGUAGUAGAACCUAUACACACAUUCCAGGCCCGAUAAGUGCACAUCAGUUAAGUGCACUGCAAACUCAGUUCAAGUGUACUUCAGUUUUAUAAUCUCAAUUAAUUUUCUGUAAAAAAAAAUAACAUUCCUCCUUUGAAAAAAGUAUAAAUAGAUGCAGUACAUUGCUGUAGUAUGAUAUGUACAAUGUAAUAGCAAAUGGAAUACUGUGGUGAAACAUUUUGUGUCUACAGCUGAUCGCUAAGGGGAAGAAUGCCUCCGAGCUGUUCCCAGCAGUGGUGAAGAAUGUGGCCAGUAAGAAUACAGAGGUAUGGCAUCAUCCACAUGCAUCCAUUCUAUUUGCACAACAUGGUUGAAAACAUUUAGAAAGCUCUAUCUAAGACAAGAUGGAGGACAUCUCCCCACUGCAAGUAUGAGACUACAGAACCACUGCCCGGCCAGAUGAGUUCCCCACGCCUGGUAAUAUUGAUCAGGAGAAUAAACAGGCAGUACGAGGGGCUGUGUGUGUGUGUGUGUGUGUGUGACAGGACAGCCCAUGGUAGGGAACUGGAGCAGGUUGGUGGGGGUAAUUGGCAGAGGAGAGCCCAUGGUCACGUCCUCUCUCCCCCUCCUCACACACACCAGCUGCUAGGGUGGUGCUAGAUCCAUCUCUGGGCCGCUCUGCAUCUCUCUGUCUGUCCUCACCUCUCUCUUUCCACCCCACCCUCUCUCUCUCGCUUGUUUUCUCCUCUGCAGGCCUGUGCUGUGUGUUAUUGAUUGUCUCUAAUCAGAAAGCAGCACAGGACACAGAGUAUUGAAGGAAUAAUGUGAUUUAAUAUCAGGAUGCUUUGUUUUCUUCAACCAGCGCUGGAAACAACACCCUGAGACUAGACAUCCUGGAGGUGUGUGUGUAUGAGUGGGGAAGGUGUAUGUGUAUGAGUGGGGAAGGUGUGUGUGUAUGAGUGGGGAAGGUGUGUGUGUAUGAGUGGGGAAAGUGUGUGUGUAUGAGUGGGGAAGGUGUGUGUGUGUGUAUGAGUGGGGAAGGUGUGUGUGUGUGUGUAUGAGUGGGGAAGGUGUGUGUGUGUGUAUGAGUGGGGAAGGUGUGUGUGUAUGUGUAUGAGUGGGGAAGGUAUGUGUGUGUGUAUGAGUGGGGAAGGUAUGUGUGUGUGUGUGUAUGAGUGGGGAAGGUAUGUGUGUGUGUGUGUAUGAGUGGGGAAGGUAUGUGUGUGUGUGUAUGAGUGGGGAAGGUAUGAGUGUGUGUGUAUGAGUGGGGAAGGUAUGUGUGUGUGUGUGUGUAUGAGUGGGGAAGGUAUGUGUGUCUGUAUGAGUGGGGAAGGUGUAUGUAUGUAUGUAUGAGUGGGGAAGGUGUGUGUGUAUGUAUGAGUGGGGAAGGUGUGUGUGUGUGUAUGUAUGAGUGGGGAAGGUGUGUGUGUAUGUAUGAGUGGGGAAGGUAUGUGUGUGUGUGUGUGUGUGUGUGUGUGUGUGUGUGUGUGUGUGUGUGUAUGAGUGGGGAAGGUAUGUGUGUGUAUGAGUGGGGAAGGUGUGUGUAUGAGUGGGGAAGGUGUGUGUGUGAGUGGGGAAGGUGUGUGUGAGUGGGGAAAAAGGGGCUAGUAUUACUAGUCAUAUCUAUUUUCUGUGAUGUUGUCGAUAUGUGAUUCCCCUCAAACAACGGCAGAUAGGUUAUGUCCCCUCUUAGAGUCAGUAAUGCUGUUAAUUCACCCACUAAUUACUGCAAUGAUUGAAAACUGUGGUUCACUACAGCUGAACCUCCCCGUACACACACCGAAUAACACUGAAGUGAAUCAUGAAAGGGCCAACCUAUAACCCCCAGUCGGACACUGGACAAAUAUUAGCUCAGUCUCCUACGUGUGGAGGGAGGAAGGGAGGAAGCGAUAACGCUACUGAAACUUUCUGAAGUCAAACUUUUUUUUUUCUAACGCUCUGCUCUUCCUGAAACAACAUGGGAUCUAGACUGUUAUAAUAUCAAACAGGAAAACUUUCAACCUCAGCUUUCCCCCCCUUAAAACAACCAAACCAAGACAUACAUCUGACGUCUAGCCAAAGCACUGUUCUCUCCACUGUCAAAGAAUAGUGUUACCUAAACAUUCUGUAAUGUGGACUGUCUGAGCUCAACCCAAAAGCGAAUGAAUAGACUUAGGAUUUGUCAAAAAAAAGGGUGUAUCAAUGACUAAUUCAAAGUAUGUGUGUGUUCCAGCUGAAGAAGCUAGUGUAUGUGUAUCUGGUGAGGUAUGCCGAGGAGCAGCAGGACCUGGCUCUACUGUCCAUCAGCACCUUUCAGAGGGCCCUCAAGGUAACGUGUGGGUGUGUGCGCGCAGCAGGCUUUGAUGCUGAGGGUUUUACCAUUUGAAUUCCCACACACUUGUACUCAUACAGGUCUUAGAAGAAAGUAUCAUGUUUGGUGUGUGUGUAUAAAGGUGUGUGUGUUGUGUUGGAGUAUUGAGCCGUUAAAGAGAGUCUGUCUGUCUCUAUGUGAGGUCACGGGACAACAGCAGUGUUUUUUUUAGAGGCCACCCCAUCAUCAUCAUGCCCCAGAGCUGGAAAACGACUUUCAACCCCUGAUUUCAACCCCUGCUAGCUCUAUUCCAUGCUUCACUUCCUACCAGCGUGUGUGUGUGUAUCAUGUAUUUUUAGUGUAGUGCUGUAUCAUGUCUUCAGUAUCUCACACCACAUGAGAGAUUUCUGUCUCCAUUCCUUUCUUUCUCUUGUACUUUCCUCACUCUGUCUCAAUGUGUACAUCUUUAUGUCUAUGUACUGUGAACGUGUCUGCAUAUGGUUCUUUGUGUGAUUCUGUGUGUGUGCUCGUGAAUCUGUGAUUGUGGAUAAUACUAAUAGCCACUAUCUCUGCCUCUGCCAGGACCCUAACCAGCUGAUCAGAGCCAGUGCUCUGAGGGUUCUGUCCAGUAUCAGAGUCCUCAUCAUCGUUCCCAUCAUGAUGCUGGCCAUCAAGGAGGCUGCCUCCGACAUGUCCCCUUACGUCAGGAAAACAUCCGCCCACGCCAUCCAGAAACUCUACAGGUAGUGUGUGGGUGGGUGUGUUUGUGCACGUGUGGGUGUUUUUCUGUGUGUGUGUGUGUGUGUGUGUGUGUGUGUGUGUGUUUGGAACUUGGAGUUGUAUCAAAGCUUUCCUCCUCCUCCUCAGCCUGGACCCGGAUCAGAAGGAGCACCUGAUUGAAGUCAUUGAGAAACUGCUGAAGGACAAAAGCACAGUGAGUAGAACCAGUUUACCGUACCAGUUCACCAGGCCCGUGUAGCUCAGUUGGUAGAGCAUGGCGCUUGCAACGCCAGGGUUGUGGGUUUGAUUCCCACGGGGGGCCAGUAUGAUUUUUUUUGUUGUUGAAAAGAAAUAAAAUUGUAUGCACUCACUAACUGUAAGUCGCUCUGGAUAAGAGCAUCUGCUAAAUGACUAAAAUGUAAAAUGUAAAUAUACAAUUGUCCACAGGAGACCUCUUACAAGACCUCAGAAGACGGCAUACUCUCCAUACAGUGUUAAUUUCGUCAACAAUAACUAUGAUGUAAAAUACUGUCAACUACCUAUUUUUCCUGACAAAAAUGUGACGAGACGAGAAUGUUUACUCUCUCUUACUUUCAUGUAAGGUAUUUUUGCUUUGAUCACAUCAGAAGCUCUAUUUUCCCAUGUGCCUUGUUAUUCAUUCAUCUGUGCCAUGGUCCAUUAAUGUGAGUUGGGGUUGCUUUUUUCCAAUGGGGAAAAACAAAUGCUAUUUGUUUAAUAUUAGGAGUACAGUAAUACUUCUGGCAUUUUUGUAAAGCUCAAAUUCUCCCACUCUUAUUUACCCCCCUUGACGGUUAUGAUGGGGAGAAAAUCAGAGCUGUAAAUUGUUUAACCUGUAGCCAAGGAUUUUAUGGCCUAUAUUGUUCAUAAUGGCUGCAAUCUGCCACAAUAUCAAUGUUGCCAGCUACGGUAUAGGAGGUGAUAGUAGGCCUAGCUGGACAAGGCUAUCUGAAUGGGCACAUGAUGGAAGUUACAGGUAGCCUGCAUAUUCAUUAUUUAUGGGGAAAAAUGCACUGACUAUUAUGUGACUAAAACUAGACAAAAGUUUUCCAGAGUUUUAGUCGACUGAUAAUAACUAAAAAUAACAAGGAUGAAAUGACUAAAAUGUGACUAAGACUAAAAUGUAUUUUUUGGUAUUUUACCCCCUUUUUCUCCACAAUUUCGUGGUAUCCAAUUGGUAGUUACAGUCUUGUCCCAUCGCUGCAACUCCCGUACGGACAUGGGAGAGGCGAAGGUCGAGAGUUGUGCGUCCUCCCCGAAACACAACUCAACCGAGCCGCACUGCUUCUUGACACAGUGCCCGCUUAAUACGGAAGCCAGCCGCACCAAUGUGCCGGAGGAAACACUGUACACCUGGCGACCGAGUCAGCGUGCACUGCGCCCGGCCCGCCACAGGAGUCGCUAGUGUGCGAUGGGACAAGAACAUCCCUGCCGGCCAAACCCUCCCCUACCCUGGACGACGCUGGGCCAAUUGUGUGCCGCCCAUGGGUCUCCCGGUCGCGGCCGGCUGUGACUCCCGCCGCGAGCCUGGACUCGAAUCAGGAUCUCUAGUGGCACAGCUAGCACUGCGAUGCAGUGCCUUAGACCACUGCGCCACUCGGGAGGCCGACUAAAAUGUAUUUUAAGGCUAAAACGAAGAUAGCGGCCAAUAUUAACAUCGUCUCCAUACACAAAAACCUGCAUGCAAUGAACAAAGCAGCAUUGCAAUAAGCAUGGAUUAAAUAGAUUGUAUUCAGUCUGAAAUCAGAGGGGGUGUCAUCUAUUUGAUAUCAUAUCGGUUCAACAGUCAGUCCCUCUCUCUUAAUUAAUUAAUUCAAACCAAAUCCAUGAUGUCACUACUACCACUAGGUGCAGUAAUCCCAUCCAGCCACCAGAGGGUGCUCCAGUCCAACAGAACAGUUCCCCCUAUCAUUAGCCCUCUCUCCCUCUCCCCUCAGCUUAGCUCAUUCACCAAUGCCAUGCUUUGUUAGCACCCACUUAAACCCACAUCCUUAGAUGCUCCCAGUUAACUGUCCAUUUAGAAAGGCAUUUUCCCACUGAUGCUGGUGUCACCUUAAUUUGCUUUCUACGGCCAAGUUCUUUUUUCUAGAUUAGCCUGAAGGCAUUCUCCAACUCCAGUGUUUAAAGCAGCCCAGCCCAUCACAAAUACAGCAUCUCCUUCCCCUAUUAGGAUAAUAGAUAUUGCGUACGCUUUAGAAAGUCAUCAUAAAUACAUAGCUAAAUGCUCUUAUAAAGGCUGUUUAAAUAAAUGUAAAUUGUGUACGUGCUGAAGUUAGCAUAUAGAAUGCCCUGUAAAUUUUUAUUUUUUUAUCAGACACUUUUAUCCAAAGUGACUUAGUCAUGCAGGCAUACAUUUUUUACAUAUGGGUGGUCCCAGGAAUUGAACCCACUAUACUGGCAUUGUAAGCACCAUGCUCUACCAACUGAGCUACAGAGGGCCACAUACAAGCCAUACACGCUCUCCCUCUCUCAAUUAUGUAUUCAUUGCAUACAUUUCUCAUUAUAUAAACAAACCCGUAGCACUAAGGCCAGUGGGGGCUGGAGGGCCCAGGACCAGAUGCAGAGCAUAUUUGGCUUCAGUCACUAACGAAGAUAGAUGAUUUCUCCUCAUUGUAACACACUCUCACUGAGGCUGGCUGGGGGACAGAGAGAGAUAGAGGGCACAGUCACACAAGUGCUAGCGCUGUGUUGAAAAAGAGAGGAAUGCUCAUGUAUUUUCAGGGGUAUUUUUGUGUUAUUAUUGUUAUAAGAAUUUCAGAGAGCUUUUAUACCAUAUUUAUUGUCGGUUUUAGCUCUUUGUUUUUUGUCAGGGAUCUAUUGUAUUGUAUUUGGUCUCUCAUUCAAAGUGUAGGCCUAUUUGGAUUUACUCACUUUUAGGAGUAUCAUAAGAACCACUUCUGGAUGUAUUUUACAUACGUCUUACAUUACCUGCUUUAUGACUGUUGAUCCCACAGCAGUAUUUCAAGUGCAUUUGAUGUAUGUGUCACAAAAUGCACUUUGCAGACUAAGCAGUUUUCCCCUAGAGCCUAAGCUGAUAUUUCCCUUCACGUUCAAAUUUAGAAUUUCAGAUCUGCCAUAACUAGAUAGACUCCUUUACAUGAUGUGAUUAGGUUAAUGAGGCAAUGAAUAAAGCUGAGGUGACAGACAUGCGGCUCGGUAGCCGUUUGGGGCCUACCAUCCAUCCCCAACUUGUACUCUAAAACAAGCCUUGAUUAUUCUAGAUGAUUGGGUGUUGCGAAAAUGUUAAUAAAAAUAAAAAAAGCAGUGAAUUCCUAGUUAUGCUGUUAAGGCAAUGGGGUAUUUUGAUGUAAGUAGCAUAAAUAUGUAAAGGUGUAAAAAUAUAAUAUCCAUUUAGUUCUUCAGCCAAUAAGUGGCCUUCCUGACAUUGGUCCGAACAGUGAUGGCCUGUUUAGGCUAAAUGUGUGUGACACCCCUGGUUAAAGAGGGGACGGUAUAAACAGAGAAUGGGAAGAGAAGGGCUGUUGAGAGAGAAACAACACAGGAGGUUGUGCAGCUGUUUUACUGUGAUGGAUCUAUUAUCCAGCCAUUACAAGAUAAAUGAUCGAUCCCUCCCAUCCCACACCCCCGCACCUCCCCCUGCACCUCCUGCAAAAUUGAAAUGAGAACAGAGAGGAGGGAGGGGUGUGUGUGUGGUAUGAUUAGGGGCUAGGUGGGAUACCCAUUAAUUUAAGAGAAAAAGGGAGGGAGGAGAUGGAAGAGAGGAGAGGGAGAGAAUGCAAGGAGGGUAGGCCGACCUACCCUGCACCAUGCCAUCAAUCAAGGCGUCGUCUCUGGUGUGAUGACCCAGCACUCGCCGCCUCCCUGGUGCCCUAAUUAGAAUUCAUGAUAAAAUAGAUGCAAGGAAACGGUUUGGGCCCUUCAUAAUUUUAUAGGAAAUGUAUUGUUAUUAGAGGAACCAUUUGCUUAGUGUGAUUUUUCCAUUACUGGCUUGUCACGCAGUGUAGAUAAUAUGUUGGAGGUGGAGGAGGGAGGGAUGGAUGGGUGCAAACUCCAUAGAUUGGGGUGUCAGUUUUGUUGAUGGUGCAUGUAGUUUACCUUGGAGCUGCGUCUAAUGGGGGAAGUUGAGAGGGGGAGGGAGCACAACAGGCCUGAGAUACUAGGAACAUCAGUGUAUCCACUGAUACACACACGUAAACCCACUCUCACUUACACUCGCAAAGUUCCUGUUCAAGUACUGUCAGUACUGUACUCCAACAUGAGGUCUCUAAAGUAGAUGAAGUUUGCAGAGUUGGAACUUUACAUCCAGUAUCUGUUAGUUCUGAGACCAAGCACACUGUGCAUAACAAUUAAACCCAAUUAGGCCGCUUUCCAAUUAUAAACCACAAGCUCAAGUUAAGCUUAUGAGUUUUCUUCUUGCCUGUGGGUUUACUAAUUGCUUGCUAAACUGAGUGCUUAAACAAUGUUACGUUCCUUGCCUCUGUUUUGAUUUGUUUCGUCCAUAUGGUGGUUUAGUACACAACGGCUUGUUUUUGGUUGAAAAACGUACUUGUGGUUGCAAAGUUAGGCUACUCCCAAACACGCAUUUUACCUCCCACACCUUUCUAUUUAAGUUAUAAUGCCCUCGAAGCCGGUGUUUGGAGGAUAUAGUGGAACACCUGUGCCAAUACAUCCAAACACCGGCUUCAAGGGCAUUAUCACUUUUAUACAAAAGGUUACCAACAUAUUCAAAUAAUGAUGAUUAAAAACUUUAUUUGUACGAAUUUUUUAAUACUAUUUAAUCCUUCAACGAGAUGUAGUCCCGACACAAAUCUUGGGUUGCUAGCCAAGUCGGCUGGCUGGUCGUUCAUUCUGUCAGUUCGGUUGCCAGAGACGUGACCCAGUCGUUCGUUCUAAAUGUUCUUAUCCCUUGCUUGCUAACCAGCCAACUACGGCUAACUUAAAGUCACGUCAACCAGUGCAACCAGAAUAACAGCAAAGUAGCUGCAUUUGCAUUUGUUUAAGCUGUUUUCUAGUGACAUUUAUUUGGAGACAUCCAUAUCAAUGAGCUAAUGAUGUGUGAUUUCCCAUGGCAAAUGUUUUGUUUCUCUCAUCAGGGCACUGUUGUUCAGAGGAGCAAGACAACAACACAGCUAACACAACCACUUCAAACUGAAGCUGGAAAAACUGUAAACUAGCUGCAUUUUGUUUCGUUUUAACUGUUUUCUAUUGAAAUUCGUUUGUAUAUAUCCAUAAAAAUGAUGCUGAUUCAUGAUUUUGACUGGCUGAGAAAAGCUGCCUGCAUGUCUGUCUCUUCCUGACUCACGACCCCUUAACAUUCAUUACUAUGGGACAGCUGGAGAUCGAAUUUCAAUAUUGAAACAAUGUUGUCAAUGUCAGAGAGACAGACAGCAAGGUUUAUACAAAUCUCCCCUAUUGAAAAUCAAUUGCUAGUCUAAAGGAAAUGGGAAAUAAUAUCUACAUGCUUUUUACAGUGAAGAUCAAGUUUAUAAAUUGUCUGGCUGGGCUGAUGAGACGGUGGAUUGCGCAGUGACAUGGAACAGAGUAAAUAGGCAUUUCAACGUCAUAGCUUUAGCCGGUGGUAACUUGUGGCAUAGACACCGGCUGGAAUGCGGUUUUAACCAAUCAGCGUCCAGGAUUAGACACACCCAUUGUAUAAAGUUUUACAAGUCAUGUAGCAGCCUACUCCCUAAAGCUGUCCAGAUCUUUGAAUGAUUAACACUUUGGUUCCCAGCUCCCCAGUUGUAAGAGGGCCUCAAACACACACACACACACACACACACACACACACACACACACACACACAUACACAAUCAAUGCAGCUGCAUGGCGAGGCUGAUGGGUAAAUGUACAGGGUUUCCACAGUGGCCACCAAGGGCCCAUCUGUUGUAAUGGGAGAGACCGAAUUCCGCCCCCCCUCUCCUUCCUUCUCCCCCUCGCCUCUCUGUGUUAGUGCUGUUUGCAUAUUAAUACACAGCCAUGUCAAUCAGUCAGCCAGCCAGCAGCACUAUAGGGAUGAACAUGGACCAGACAAAUGGAUUUUUUUCUCCCAAUAAAAUGUACUUGAUUGCCCCCCUCCCCUCCCUAUCUUCCUCCAUCCUCCUGCUUCCCCCUUUCUCUUGUCUCAUGAAUAGAACAUGAAAUUAGUUAUGAGCGGAAAUAAAAAUAAAAUAUUCUAUGUGGGAAAAAAUGAGAAAUGUUUUGUAUGUGUUAUAUGUGAGUGAUGGAUUUAUUUUACCAUGGCGAUGAGAAGUUAGUUUAGUGAAGACUAAAAAUGCUGUAGUUUUCGACCCAGUUAUUCCUUUCCUGUGUGGUGCCUGAGUUUUUGUUUAUUAUUUACAUUUACAUUUACGUCAUUUAGCAGACGCUCUUAUCCAGAGCGACUUACAAAUUGGUGCAUUCACCUUAUAGCCAGUGGGAUAACCACUUUACAAUUAUUAUUAUUAUUAUUAUUUUAUUUUUUGGGGGGGGUGGGGUAACUGUUCAUCCUAAUUGUUUAUGUUAGAUCAUAAAGUACAGUCUUUCUAACCAAGGUGGCUUAUGAUGUGCCCAGGCUAGAGCAUGGGUCUCCAACGCCGAUUCUGGAGUUACUGAGGCUUUUGCUCCAGCCCUACAGUAACAUACCUCUCUCUCCUCCUCUCCUCUAGUUGGUAGCGGGCAGCGUUGUGAUGGCCUUUGAGGAGGUGUGUCCGGACCGUAUUGACCUGAUCCAUAAGAACUACCGUAAACUCUGCAACCUGCUGGUUGACGUGGAGGAGUGGGGUCAGGUGGUCAUCAUCUCCAUGUUGACACGCUACGCCAGGACACAGUUCACCAGCCCCUGGAAAGAGGUGAGGGAUGGAGGGAAGGGGAGGGAGGAGUGGGGUCAGGUGGUCAUCGUCUCCAUGUUGACACGCUACGCCAGGACACAGUUCACCAGCCCCUGGAAAGAGGUGAGGGAUGGAGGGAAGGGGAGGGAGGAGUGGGGUCAGGUGGUCAUCGUCUCCAUGUUGACACGCUACGCCAGGACACAGUUCACCAGCCUCUGGAAAGAGGUGAGGGAUGGAGGGAAGGGGAAACAUGGUUUAUAAGAUUGUACAAGAACAGUGUGAGAUAUAGUAUGGUGUGAUCAUUUAAAGUGGCACUCAGCAGUUAAAACAAUAACAAAGCGGUGUCCCUGUUUCUGUAAAAAGCUGAGAGAUGGGGCAGGAGAAAUGUAACCACUCUCAAAUUCAUAGACCGCUAUGGAUGCAAAGAUUCCAUGAUAUCAAAAUUAUAGUUUUUGUUUACAUUUACUUUGUUUACAAAUAUUGGAGUAAAGCAAGCUUAUAUUUUGGGUUCUGAUGGAGUACGACAGUUGAACUAAGCUCAUGAGGCAUUCAUAAGUUAUAUUCUUCAAGAAUCAAUGGGUACAAAUAAUUAAGUCCAAAAAUUGAUGUAGCAACUGCAGAUUUCCCCUUUUAAGUAAUGUAUUGAAUGUCUCUUUAAAGCCAACCAGGAAAUGUCUUGGGUAACGGACCAAUAGACAUCAUCAUCACUAAAGUAAUAAGACAAUCAUUUGUAUGAUGAGUCAAAUAUAACCUACAGUAAAUAAAUCCCAAAGCUACAGAGACAUUUGUACUGGGAGACAUGUGUGUCAGUAAGUAUGUCUUGGUAAUGUAUGUGGUAAUGUAUAUAGUAGGGCUAUAUUGUUCUUUUUCACCCAGCUUGCCAGUUAUUGUGUGAACAUGAGGAUUUGAAAAGAAACCCCCUACACAAAAUGUGGCCUCAGUAGCUGUUGUUUAUUGUCAUAACUUUACGAAGGUCGAAAGGCUAAAAAUGAGCAAUUAGCACAGUAAAAAACAAGUUAUAUUUUGCGAGCACAGUGUUUGAAGUUUCUUUACAUUUUAACUGUUGUUGCACAUCUCCAACUCACCUUCAAGCAACCUCUAGAUGUGCGUGUGCAUCUGGCUUUGAAUAUGAUGAGUUGACACCUGGUGGUAAAUAUGUACGAACUACAAAAAUCUCUGAAGCUGGAGACACUUAUCUCCCUCAUUUACUUUUUAAGCAUCUUUUGUCAGAGCAGCUUACCGAACACUGCACCUGUACACAACCCAUCUGUAAUUAUCCCACCCAACUACCUCAUCCCCAUAUUGUUAUUUACAUUGUUAUUUAUUUUGCUCAUUUGCACCCCAUUAUCUCUAUUUGCACAUCAUCUUCUGCACAUCUAUGACUCCAGUGUUAAUACUAAAUUGUAAUUCUUUUGCACUAUGGCCUAUUUAUUGCCUUACCUCCAUAACUUACUACAUUUGCACACACUGUAUAUAGAUUUUGUAUUGUGUUAUUGGCUGUACGUUUUUGUUUAUUCCAUAUGUAACUCUGUGUUGUUGUUUUUAUCGCACUGCUUUGCAUCUUGGCCAGGUCGCAGUUGUAAAUGAGAACUUGUUCUCAACUGGCUUACCUGGUUAAAUAAAGGUGAAAUAAAAUAAAUACAAAUGUCGGUGAUGUGCUAUUAGAUUUACAUUUAUGGUGUUUGUGCGUGUGCUGUGUUUCACAGUGAAAGUGAAUGUGUGUGCUGUGAAUAACAGAGUGAAAUGAAAUGUGUAAUGUGUGUGUGUUUCAGGACAGUGUGUUUGAUGAGCACAGUGUGAGGGCGUUCUAUGAGUCUGAUGAGGAGAAGACUAGAGAUGAGACAGAGGCCAAGGCCUACGUGAUGGACCCCGAUCACAGACUGCUGCUCAGGAACACCAAGCCUCUACUACAGAGCAGAAACACUGCUGUGAGUCUAACACACACACACAUACACACAGUUGUAUAAACACACACACAUAGAAAUAUACACAUACACAGCAGUAAGUGGUGUGUGUGUGUGUGUGUGUCUGCUCUUCAACCUGCUGUGAGGGAUAUAGGCAGCCUUGAGGAAGGCGUCUGAGCGUGUGGUUCAGUUCUCACUCCUUCCUCACUGCUGUCUCUGGAACCAAGGCUACGCCGUGCCACCACUGAUUCUGCCGCUGCUACACACACACACACACACUCAGUGUAACACACACAUUGUGAGCAGAUCUCCAUCACCCAGGAGACUCAAGGUCUGUGUGGCAGUGUAGCAGCAGGAGGAAAAAUGGUCCCAAAUGAGCAUGUUGAUUACAAUGUGACAUGUUAUGUCUUUACCAGAGAAAGCACACUGCGGCCCUCCAUCUUACCGACACUUACCGUCACUUCUUCCAAAUGUGACUCCUCAGUCCUUACUCUGGCUAUCUGUUACCUUCUAAAUGACAUGUCUCGCCUUAAAAACACAUGGCACUUUACUUACUUUGCUGUUUGAUAUAUGGAGCUUUAAAGAGCUUUGUGUCCUGAAUGAAGAGAGAGAGACUCAUCCUAAAUAUAAAGAGUGGGUACAGCAUGACUGGAGUUGAGAAACACUGUCUGUAUUUGAGGUGUUGCUAACCGGCCUUGUUGGAUGUGUCUGUUGAUGUCUGUUGUCCUCUGUCUGUCAGGUGGUGAUGUCUGUAGCCCAGCUGUACUGGCACCUGGCUCCUAAAAACGAGGUCAGCAUCGUCACCAAAUCGCUGGUCAGACUGCUCAGAAGCCACAGGUAAUCGCUCUCUCUCUCCUCUCAUUUUUUCCUGAGGACUUACAAUGCCCUUAAUGUUUCCUCUCUCUCCCUCUUAGAGAGGUGCAGUACAUUGUGUUACAGAACAUAGCCACCAUGUCCAUCCAGAGAAAGGUAAGGGAUGUCCAUUUUAUUGCAGACAAACCAACCCCCAUUAACCGGUUAGCAAACGGUUAAAUCCAUUCCAAUCAGUAAAAUGACUUGACCAACAGAAAAUACUAUGCAUGGAAGGAACAGACAUUUUUCAUUAAGAGCUUAAAAAACUGGCGACAAUAGCAAGCCUAUCCUCUCAUAUUAUUGAACAUGCAACUACUGUAAUGAAGCAGAGAAUGGAAUAGAUCAUUUUCAAAAAUAUGCCAAAAUGCAAUUUGCGUGAAAACACUGUUCUAAAAGACAAACCUUAUGCGAGCCGUUUCAUGUGACAGAGAUGAACAUCUCCGUUAGAAACGUAGAGAGAAAAUGUAAAUAUGCAACAACUAGGCUUGGUUGUUAAUAUGAGUAGGAUUGUGCCUUUGGCUUCUGGACAACGGAAGAAAGUUGAUAUGAAAACCAGUAGAACAGGAGAGAAAUGCUGGUUAAUGGCAUGGUUGUUAGCUUAGCUGUUGUUGUUAGCUGCUUCAUGCUGCUCCUCCCUCUCCCACUGCCUAGCAACGAGUCUCUGGCUUGCUCUCGGCUCAGUAGAGACAGCCAUAUCGGUUUAGUUAUGCCAUUUUUAAAUUGAUGUAGUUCUGUUCUUGUCUGUUAAUGUUCUGUAUUAUGUCAUGUUUUGUGUGGACUACUACCAGGAAGAUUAGCUGCUGCUUUCGCAACAGCUAAUGGGGAUCCUAAUAAAAUACCAAAAUGCCAAGCGUGACCGGUCAAAUUUAUUUUCAAUGACUAACUGUUAACCAUUAACAUCCCUAGUCAGGACAGACACCCUUACAGAUGUAGGAUCUUCAUUUGAUUACUCUUUUGUUGCUGAGAAUGUACAUGCACUGCAGGAAAUGCAGAUGAGCUUUGUGAUUUAGAUCAAUUCACUGAAAACCCACACUAACACACGGUUACAAUGCACUUGGUAAAGCAGGGCUUCUUUUCCACCUUCUUUCACACGGGGGGCCAGUAUGAAAAUGUAUGCACUCACUAACUGUAAGUCGCUCUGGAUAAGAGCGUCUGCUAAAUGACUAAAAUGUAAAAAUGUCAAAUUUGGAAAGUAUUCAGACCCUUUGACUUUUUCCACAUUUUGUUACGUUACAGCCUUAUUCUAAAAUUGAUUAAAUCGUUUUUUCCCCUGAUCAGUUUACACACAAUACCCCAUAAUGACAAAGCAAAAACAGGUUUUUAGACAUUUUUGCAUAAAAAAUAAAUACAACUGAAAUAUCACAUUUACAUAAGUAUUCAGACCCUUUACUCAGUACUUUGUUGAAACACCUUUGGCAGCAAUUACAGGCUCGAGUCUUCUUGGGUAUGACGCUACAAGCUUGGUACACUUGGGGAGUUUCUCCCAUUCUUCUCUGCAGAUCCUCUCAAGCUCUGUCAGGUUGGAUGGGGAGCGUCGCUGCACAGCUAUUUUCAGGUCUCUCCAGAGAUGUUAGAUCGGGUUCAAGUCCAGGCUCUGGCUGGGCUACUCAAAAACAUUCAGAGACUUGUCCUGAAGCCACUCCUGCGUUGUGUUGGCUGUGUGCGUAAGGUCGUUGUCCUGUUGGAAGGUGAACCUUCCCCAGUGAGGGGAAUUUUUUAUUUAAUCCACAGGCUAACCGCCGAUCAAGCAAUAUUAUGGACUAAAUGUUAAUAUCCUGUUACUACAGAAUUAUUUUGCUGUGACAAUAUCUAGGUCAAAUUAAGAUCCUACAUCUGUAGUAGUAGGUCAUUUAGUUGCAGUUUAGCAUGCAUAGAUGUAUUGGCACAUGUACCUUGUUUGAACUGUAUGUUUUGAUGUCUCGCUAGGGCAUGUUUGAACCUUACAUGAAGAGUUUCUAUGUGAGAUCCACAGAUGCCACUCACAUCAAAUCACUCAAGGUAAGCUCCCUCAUGAUGACCUAGUUAAUGUAAAAGUAAACCAUGAGAUGAGUUCAGGUGUGUGAUCAGAUCUAUCUUGACUCCCCAGCUGGAGAUCUUGACCAACCUCGCCAACGAAGCCAACAUCUCCACCAUCCUUAGAGAGUUCCAGGUAAGUUUUUCUCUUCCUUUCUCAUUCUCUUUUUUCUCUUUCGCUCUCUUUUCUCUCUUUCUCUCUCUUUUCCUCUUUUUCACAUUCAAACUCUUUACCCAUCUCUGGCACAUGUAUUUAUUGCCCUUUACAGUGAAUGGCUCCAACUUGUGCUUUGGUUUUUCCAGACCUAUGUGAAGAGCCAGGACAAGCAGUUUGCUGCCGGUACCAUCCAGGCCAUCGGCAGGUGUGCCACCAACAUCUCUGAGGUCACAGACACCUGCCUCAACGGACUGGUGCUGCUGCUCUCUAACAGAGACGGUACGGGGGGAGGGAUCCAGUCCAUUGGUUUAUUGAUUGAUUGAUCGUCUGAUUGGUUCUUUGUCCAGCUUCUGUCCAAAGUUUGAUGUGUGUGAAAUCCUCUUCUUGUAUGUAUUGUUUUAAAUGUAACCGUAUUAAGUCAUUACAGAGACGGUGGUGGCGGAGAGCGUGGUGGUGAUUAAGAAGCUGCUCCAGACCCAGCCCACCCAGCACAGUGACAUCAUCAAACACAUGGCCAAACUCUUCGACAACAUCACUGUACGUCUACCACUAUCUGGACAUUUGUGUGGCUGUGUCAGAGUGUGUGUAUUUCAUGAGACUGAGCUUGUGUGAGUUGGGACGUUACAAUCUUAACAUAGAGUAACCCGUGCCGAAGGUGCCGAUGGCGCGGGCCAACAUCCUGUGGCUGAUGGGAGAGGACGGUGAGGACUAAUCCUUCUGUGUCUCCAGGUGCCGAUGGCACGGGCCAGCAUUCUGUGGCUGAUGGGAGAGGAUGGUGAGGACUAACCCUUCUGUGUCUCCAGGUGCCGAUGGCACGGGCCAGCAUUCUGUGGCUGAUGGGAGAGUAUUGUGAGAGGGUCCCUAAGAUCGCCCCUGACGUUCUCCGCAAGAUGGCCAAGAGCUUCACCUCCGAGGAGGACAUCGUCAAGCUCCAGACUGUCAACCUGGCUGCCAAACUCUACCUCACCAACUCCAAACAGGUAAAACAUACAUACAUACAUACAGUUGAAGUCGGAAGUUUACAUACACCUUAGCCAAAUACAUUGAAACUCAGUUUUUCACAAUUCCUGACAUUUAAUCCUAGUAAAAAUCCCCUGUCUUAGGUCAGUUUAUUUUAAGAAUGUGAAAUGUCAGAAUAAUAGUAGAGAGAAUGAUUUAUUUCAGCUUUUAUUUCAUUCAUCACAUUCCCAGUGGGUCAGAAGUUUACAUACACUAAAUUAGUAUUAGGUAGCAUUGCCUUUAAAUUGUUUAACUUGGGUCAAAUGUUUCGGGUAGCCUUCCACAAGCUUCCCACAAUAAGUUGGGUGAAUUUUGGCCCAUUCCUCCUGACAGAGCUGGUGUAACUGAGUCAGGUUUGUUGGCCUCCUUGCUCGCACACUCUUUUUCAGUUCUGCCCACAGAUUUUCUAUAGGAUUGAGGUCAGGGCUUUGUGAUGGCCACUCCAAUACCUUGACUUUGUUGUCCUUAAGCCACAACUUUGGAAGUAUGCUUGGGGUCAUUGUCCAUUUGGAAGACCCAUUUGCGACCAAGCUUUAACUUCCUGACUGAUGUCUUGAGAUGUUGCUUCAAUAUAUCCACAUCAUUUUCCUUCCUCAUGAUGCCAUCUAUUUUGUGAAGUGCAUCAGUCCCUCCUGCAGCAAAGUAUCCCCACAGCAUGAUGCUGCCACCCCCGUGCUUCACGGUUGGGAUGGUGUUCUUCGGCUUGCAAGCCCCCCCCUUUUCCUCCAAACAUAACGAUGGUCAUUAUGUCCAAACAGUUAAAUCUUUGUUUCAUCUGACCAGAGGACGUUUCUCCAAAAAGUACGAUCUUUGCCCCCAUGUGCAGUUGCAAACCGUAGUCUGGCUUUUUUAUGGCAGUUUUGGAGCAGUGGCUUCUUCCUUGCUGAGCGGCCUUUCAGGUUAUGUCGAUAUAGGAUUCGUUUUACUGUGGAUAUAUAUACUUUUGUACCUGUUUCCUCCAGCAUCUUCACAAGGUCCUUUGCUGUUGUUCUGGGAUUGAUUUGCAGUUUUCGGACCAAAGUACGUUCAUCUCUAGGAGACAGAACGCGUCUCCUUCCUGAGCGGUAUGACGGCUGCGUGGUCCCAUGGUGUUUAUACUUGCGUACUAUUGUUUGUACAGAUGAACGUGGUACCUUCAGGCGUUUGGAAAUUGCUCCCAAGGAUGAACCAGACUUGUGGAGGUCUACAAUUUCUUUUCUGAGGUCUUGGCUGAUUUGUUUUGAUUUUCCCAUGAUGUCAAGCAAAGAGGCACUGAGUUUGAAGGUAGGCCUUGAAAUACAUCCACAGGUACACCUCCAAUUGACUCACAUGAUGUCAAUUAGCCUAUCAGAAGCUUCUAAAGCCAUGACAUCAUUCUCUGAAAUUUUCCAAGCUGUUUAAAGGCACAGUCAACUUAGUGUAUGUAAACGUCUGACCCACUGGAAUUGUGAUACAGUGAAUUAUAAGUGAAAUAAUCUGUCUGUAAACAAUUGUUGGAAAAAUGUACUUGUGUCAUGCACAAAGUAGAUGUCCUAACCGACUUGCCAAAACUAUAGUUUGUUAACAAUAAAUUUGUGGAGUGGUUGAAAAACGAGUUUUAAUGACUCCAAACUAAGUGUAUGUAAACUUCUGACUUCAACUGUACAUAGUCUACGCUAAACUGUACUGUAGCCUAUAAGAUGUUUAUUAAGCUGUUAUUACCAUGUAAUAAGACCUCAAUUCAGCUUAUGAUGACUUCCAGUUUGGUUGUGUCUGCUUCAGCCUGCUGGGUCUAACAGAAGUCCUAUACCAUAACCUCAGAGCUAAAUGCUUUGUUAAGAGCAGGCUUUAAUGUAGUGCAUCCUCCCAUCUCCCUGCCUCCCCUCGUUUGAGAACUUUAGGCCCAUUCUAUCAGAUGGGAGGCAAUAUGGCUGCCAAGCUGCGUUUAUGACCACACUGCAGAUGCUGCUGCUGCCUCCUCAAAUGAGCACAUCAUUACACCAGUAUCCCCUGGUAAUGUUUCAGAGAGAGAGGGGGAUGGAGAGAGAGAGAGGUGUAAUGUUGCCGUUCAGGGGUAGUAACUCUUGUUUUUAUUCCUCCCUAAAUAAUAUAUGUUAGUGUAAGGAAAGCACUUCCCAUCUCAGACCAUAUACCCACCUGGCACAGGGAGAGGUUGUCACUCAUACAGUUAGUGUAGGGAGCAGUCUCAGCUGGAGAAAGAGGAGGAGAGAGGAGAAGAGAGCGUUGGUAGGAAGUAAAAUCAGUGAGAAAAUGUAGUGUGAUGCCCCAGAGCUGUGUGUGUUCUCUCCCUCCAUCUCCCCCAUCUCCUUCAAUAUCUCCCCAUAUCCUUCCAUCUUUCCCCUGCUCUUUUUCCUGCCCCAUCCACUUAAUCUUUCUCUCCCUCUCCUCCUUCCCUCUCUCCCACCAUAUCUCCCCAUAUCCCUCCUUCCCUCCAUCCAGACUAAGUUGUUGACCCAGUACAUUCUGAAUCUUGGGAAAUAUGACCAGAACUAUGACAUCAGAGACCGCACGCGUUUCAUCCGCCAGCUCAUUGUUCCCAAUGACAAGAGCGGAGCGCUCAGCAAGUACGCCCACCGCAUCCUGCUGGCGCCCAAACCAGCACCCGUCAUCCAGUCUGCAUACAAAGGUACCUUUUUAAAUAGUGCACUAGAUAGGGAAUAGAGUGUGUGUGUCUCAGAAUGGCAGUGGGGUCAGGGCUCUCUCUCUCUCUCCUGGCUCAAAUGAGAUGGGUGAAUUACCUGGCUAAUGAUAACCUUUCUGAGACACAGAGAACAAACACACACACACACACACACACACACACUUGACUUUAAUCCAGAUAAGAGAGAGACAGAAGCAGCGUCCUAAACAUUAUUAUUCUGCGGUGGUUUCUGCGUCUACUAGAUGUUUAUAGAAAACGUUAACCACUCCUGUCAUUCUUAAUAUUCACACUUUAACACCUCUUUUGUUAGAGAAAGCCUGUUUUGAAGGCAGACCUCCCCAGGCACUUUGGCUGAUUACACCUCCUAUAUUCACCAUUAGGGAGGGAGAAUCCUUUUAAUCUGUUUGCCCGCUGCCGUGUGUGUGUGCUCAUGUGGGCUCCUGGACCCUUUAUGAAACAGUGCUGUGUGUGUGUGUGUGUGUGUGUGUGUGUGUGUGUGUGUGUGUGUGUGUGUGUGUGUGUGUUUUUUUUAUACAGUGACAUUUCAGAGUGUUUAAGGCCAAUUACUCUGUCCUGCUGAUUGAGAGAGCACUGCUGUGACAUUGAGACCCCUGCCUCUCUCUCUCCCCCCUCUCACCCCCCCCCCCCCCCCCCCCCCCCCCCCUCCAAUGUUAAUCAUGAUGUUUCUCCUCUGACACAUUUUCUCCUCUCUUUCUCCAUCCCUCUGUUCUUUUCCCUUUACUCCCCUCCCUCUAUCUUGCCCACUCGCCAUCUUUUUCUCUUCCUCUUCUCUCCCCUCUACCUCUCUCUAUCGCUCUCUAUCUCUCUCCCUCUCUCUGUCAGACCGUGAUCGCUACCAGUUGGGAACCCUGUCCCACACCAUCAACACCAAAGCCAGUGGCUACCUGGAGCUCUCUGAUUGGCCCGCCGUGGCUCCUGACCAAUCAGUGAGGAAUGUGGAGGUGAUCGAGCCGGUAAAGAGCCAUCCAUCCAUCUUUACUUCUACUGCUCUCCCCACCCCAGCCCUACACCAAGGGUGGUCAUGGUCAACUCUGUCACACAAACUACAAAUCCAUUUUACUACGUUUCAAUAAGUUUGCGGUUCUCCCAACUCUCCUCUCCUCCCUUCUCUUACUUUACUUCCUCUUACUGUACCUCACUUCCUCUGACCUCACUUCCUAUUCUGUUGCCAGGUGAAGGAGUGGGCUCCGUCGCUAGGGAAGACUGGGAAAUCCAAGCCUGCCAAGUCAUCAGAUGACAAGUUCUACUCUGACUCUGGAGAGGAGGAGGAGGAGGAGGAGGGGGGAUCAGGGAGCAGUAGCAGUGAUGAUAGCAGCAGUAGUAGUGAAGGUGUGUGUCCACGUGUGUAACAUAAAGUAUAAUGUUCUGUUAUGAGUGUUUGCAAUGCCAGUCCAGUCCAUUAUAUCUAUAAGACUGUACAUCUUACAAGAUGAACCUGUGUGUCCACAGAGUCAGGCAGCGAUGCAGAGAGCAGCGUGGAGAAGAACAGCAGUCAGAGCAGUGAGGAGUCAGACAAGUCCUCCAGCCAAUCAGAGAAGAGUUCCAGUGAGUCUGACACUGAAAAGAAGAAGAGGAAAACUAAGAAACCACUACAGAAGAAGACAGUCAAACCAACGGCCAAAGACAGGUACCACACUAUAAUGGAACAUGCCCACUCCCUUGACUAGGUCCUUGGUUUGGAACCUGUAUGUACUGUGUAUCUGUCAUGUCUCCUCAUGCUGAAUUUAUCUAUUGAGGUCUAACCUGUUUUAUCGAAGGCUGAGCGUGAUAAUUAGGCAGGGGUGUGUGUGUGCACUCAUACAACAGUGCAGCUGUCUGAAGUCAUGGUCACAGUCAGCAACUUGAUCAGUGCUUUGUGGCAUCAAUAAUCUAAUUCUCCAUCUGUUCACCCUCUCUCUCGCUCUCUUUCUCUCCCUCUCUCUUUCUCUCCCUCUCUCUUUCUCUCCCUCUCUCAUGCACAUUCUCUCUGGUCAUGUUGAAGACAUACGAUGACACCUACUGUACACACACACACACACACACACACACACACACACACACACACACACACACUCACACACUCAGAGCCGUUAUAAUGUAGUUAGUGUGAGCUCCAUCAGCAGUAGUGUGGUCCAGAUUUACAUGGCUGAUAGAUAAUGACUGUGGAUUGGUCAUUUAGCUGCCUGGUGGUACCAAUGAAUGAGAUCUGAGUCAUUACUGCUGAACACACACACACACUGUUACACAUUGGCACAUUUUGUCCCUGACACGUUCUAUUUCACUCACCCCAGCUUUCUUUCGCACGCACACACACACACACACCCUACCUGCUCGCACGCACACACACACACCCUACCUGCUCGCACGCACACACACACACCCUACCUGCUCGCACGCACACACACACACCCUACCUGCUCGCGCUGUAUGACAGGCCGGCAGCUGACCUUGUUCUCUCCAUUAGAGUGUAAUUAGAGCAGCUCACCCCAGUGCUUUCACACACACACUGACACACACUAUCUCACACACACACACACACUAUCUCUCUCUCUCUCUCUCUCUCUCUCUCUCAAACACACACACCGACACACACACAGUAAUUAUCCCAGCUCACCCCAGUGCUUCCACAACAAACACAGCAUAAUACCCUCAUUACAGCCCAGUCAUUCCAGGCAGGACUUAAUCAGGCCCACUCUGAUUUAUAGCGCUUUUUCCUGUUCGAAACAAAUGAAAUCUGUAGGCCAAAUUAAUACUGGCUUCUCAUCAUCGGCCAAGUUAAAAAGCCAGUUACCGUCACAAUUCUCCUCGUUAAUUUAACAGCUGAAAAUCCCAGGCAGCCCGAGUAAAUACUCAUUAUCAGGACAAAUUGAAGAGAGAGAUGGAGGGGAGGGAGGAGGAGGAUAACUUUUUAGCCAAAGUGAUAUUAAAUUAAGUGGGCAAACCAAAACAGAUUGAUCUUGGUUGUUCUGACAGAGUUUGAGUGUGAGCUCCAGCAGACUGCAGUACGUGGUGCGGGUGGAAAGUGUUUGAAUGGAUAGAUUCAUAACACUUUCCCCUUCGUAUUGAAACUUUGUCAUAUUUGUUGUUUUGGUUAAAGGAAACACACAUGUUAAUGUUGUAUUACGGUCUUCAUUUUAAGAUAUGUUAUAGGUGCCGUAUUCCUUAGAUCUCCACAUUGGAAAUCCUCUUUAAACAUGCACUCCUUUAUCAGUUACAGAUAGAAUAGUGUUGGAGUGUGAUUUGGCAGUUCAACUCUUACGACCUUUUGUGUUCUCCCUCCUCAACGUGUGUUUGUUCGUUGGUGUGCGUGUUCCUGUGUCAGUGAUUCGGAUGAGAAUAGGAACGUUGCUAAAGAGGCCAGAAGUUCGUCUGCAGAAGAGAGCUCCUCUGAUUCAGAAUCAGACUCAGACACAGACGCUGACUCAGGCACCGAACACAAGAAGAAGACCAAGUCUAAAGCCAAACCCAAGGUGAGACAACCAACCAACCAACUGUAAGGGCAACAGCUUGCUAGGUGUGCCAGUUCUAACAUGGUUAACACCUAUGAUACAGCUAGCGUUAACACCUAUGAUACAGCUAGCGUUAACACCUAUGUUACAGCUAGCGUUAACACCUAUGAUACAGCUAGCGUUAACACCUAUGAUACAGCUAGCGUUAACACCUAUGAUACAGCUAGCGUUAACACCUAUGAUACAGCUAUCGUUAACACCUAUGAUACAGCUAGCGUUAACACCUAUGAUACAGCUAGCGUUAACACCUAUGAUACAGCUAGCGUUAACACACUUCAUCUGCAGUGGGGGUUUCUUUUAUCUGCAGUUGAUUGAAUUGAGGCCGUGGUCUGACUCUGAACAGAUAAAGGUCUGUUGACCUGUGUCCAAUCUGAGCUGUUCUCUACACUGUAAAUAAGAGCGUAUGAACCAACCCUUUGUUCAUCAUGGUACAACCGUAUGCAGUGUGUUAGUGAGUGUGAACAGUGUCUUUGUACAGCUACUGGAGGCAGAGAAAGCAGAUUUUACACAGUGGAAUAUGAUUUGGUCUGCUUCUUUGUUUCUUGCUUAUUUCACCCCCCUCUUUUUUCUCUUCCCUCAUCCUUCCCUCUCUCUUUCUGAUUGCCUCUCUCUUUCUGAUUCCCUCUCUCUUUCUGAUUCCCUCUCUCUUUCUGAUUCCCUCUCUCUCUUUCUGAUUCCGUCUCUCUCUUUCUGAUCCCCUCUCUCUUUCUGAUUGCCUCUCUCUUUCUGAUUGCCUCUCUCUUUCUGAUUCCCUCUCUCUCUUUCUGAUUCCCUCUCUCUCUUUCUGAUUCCCUCUCUCUUUCUGAUUCCCUCUCUCUCUUUCUGAUUCCGUCUCUCUCUUUCUGAUUCCCUCUCUCUUUCUGAUUCCCUCUCUCUCUUUCUGAUUCCCUCUCUCUCUUUCUGAUUCCCUCUCUCUCUUUCUGAUUCUCUCUCUCUCUUUCUGAUUCCCUCUCUCUCUUUCUGAUUCCGUCUCUCUCUUUCUGAUCCCCUCUCUCUUUCUGAUUCCCUCUCUCUCUUUCUGAUUCCGUCUCUCUCUUUCUGAUUCCCCCUUUCUCUUUCUGAUCCCCUGUCUCUUUCUGAUUCCCUCUCUCUCUUUCUGAUUCCCUCUCUCUUUCUGAUUCCGUCUCUCUCUUUCUGAUUCCCCCUCUCUCUUUCUGAUCCCCUGUCUCUUUCUGAUUCCCUCUCUCUCUUUCUGAUCCCCUGUCUCUUUCUGAUUCCGUCUCUCUCUUUCUGAUUCCCUCUCUCUCUUUCUGAUUCCCUCUCUCUCUUUCUGAUUCCCUCUCUCUCUUUCUGAUCCCCUCUCUCUCUUUCUGAUUCCCUCUCUCUUUCUGCACUGACAUUUUCAUUUUGCACACUUUGCUGCUACGACCUAUGCAUUAUGCAUCUCUCUGUCUUUUCUCUCCAUCUCUUUCUUCCUCGCUCUCUUUCUUUCUUUCUCUCUCUCUCACUCCGCCUGCUAACAAGGGUUUCUUCUUUGCCAUCAAGCAUCUAUCAGAGACCAUCUGAUAAGAUACGCCCUCUAACUUCAUUGUUUGUUUUCACUAUUAUGCCUUCUCUCUCUCUCUCUCUCUCUCCUCCUCUCUCCACUCUCUCCUCUCUCUAAUCUCUCCUCUCUCUCUCUCUCUCUCUCUCCUCUCUCUCUCUCUCUUCCUCUCUCUCCUCUCUCUCCUCUCGCCUCUCUCUCCUCUCUCCUCCUCUCUCUCUCUCUCCUCUCUCUCUCUCUCUCUCUCUCUCUCCCUCGUCUCUCACUCUCUCUCUCCCUCUCUCUCUCUCUCUCUCUCUCUCCCUCCCUCCCUCCUCCUUCGUGGAUCCCGCAGUAAGCAGAGUGGAAUUUUACGGUUCUUUAUGAGACGUGAACAGAGCCGUGUUUGGCUAGGAGGGCAUGGAGAGACAGAGGGCCGUAAAAGCGCUCGUAUGUUUAAACACGUUUUUAUUGUUGCCUGUUGUAGUGUAUAUGUGGCGAUACCCGUCGUAAUAUUCAGAGUUGCCGUUUGACAAGCCUGGCCUAGUGGUAGGAGGUAGAGUCACUAGAGUGUAUCUAUCGGUUGUGACGUGACAUGCUUCAUGGCUGGCCAAUGCAGAUCAUAGAGACACUCCAGAUGUAUAUACGCACAGCAGCCUGAGAAAUAUAAUUGCAUUUUAUGUACAUAGCAGACAUGUUUAGGAAUAUCAUGUUGCUGCAUUGUAUAGACACUGUCAGUCAAAUAAGGCUACAUUCCCCCAUAUACAGACUUUACUUUAAUACUUUAAUAUUCUGCUUGUCAUCUUUCUCUCUUUCCACUCGUUCUUCUUUCUCUUUCAUCUAUAGCCUUCAUUCAUCUGCCAUUCAUGUUGGAACAUAUGUUAUGAUAUACUGUGCUGUACUCUGCCAAGUGUAUUUACUAUAAACAUGUUUCACAAUCUGACACAGACCUAAGGGUCGAACAUGAAUGAAUAUUUAUUUUAUCCAGCACCUGUUCAAAGUCAGUGAAUAUCUGUAUGUUCUAGGGACAGUAUGUUUCUCAUGUAGGUUUCUGUUGGUCUUUUCUCCAGGUGGAGGUGAAGUCAAAUGAGGAGGUGUCUCUGUUGAAUCUGGAUGACUGUGAGUUUUCUGUCUGUAAAACAGCACGUAGCUGGGAAAAAUACCACGGGAUUUCCAGUUGGAAUUCAUCUCAUAAGUGUUCUGUGUGUGUCCUAUAGUCACUCCUGCCCCAUUGACCCAGCUCAAGUCUUCUGUCCUCUCCCCCAGCCUGCUAGGAGACCUGGAGGGCCUGUGUCUCUCCAAUGUCUCCUCCGCCAUCCAGGUGAGUGUGUGUGUGUAGGUCUGUCUGUCUGUUAAUCCCUCCCUUGGUGUGUACGUCCACUGGAUCGUGUGUGUGUGUGUUUGACAGAGCUGAGAGAGAAACGUGUUGGAUCAUACUGUACGGCAGAGUGUCUUUAAAUGACUGUCUCUCCAGUGGCUGAGAGAUCUCCUCCUGAAGUUGGCUGUUGACCCUUUCCUCCUUCCUGGACAAAUGUAUAAAUCAUCUCCCUCCCAUACAAGUGCAUUGCCUGUGUUUCACAGUUGUUCUGUUUCUGUUUUCCUCUCUCCAUGUGUCCUGUUCAUACAACUCUCAAUGCCAACCUCCAUCCACCUCUCUCUCCACCUCUCUCUCCACCUCUCUCUCCACCUCUCUCUCCACCUCCCUCUCCAUCUCCCUCUCCAUCUCUCUCUCCAUCUCUCUCUCCACCUCUCUCUCCACCUCUCUCUCCACCUCUCUCUCCACCUCUCUCUCCACCUCUCUCUCCACCUCCCUCUCCACCUCCCUCUCCAUCUCUCUCUCCAUCUCUCUCUCCACCUCUCUCUCCACCUCCCCCUCUCUCCCACCUCCCUCUCCAUCUCCUCUCCCCUCUCUCUCCACUCUCUCUCCAUCUCUCUCUCCACCUCUCUCUCCCUCUCUCUCCACCUCCUCUCUCCACCUCUCUCUCCACCUCCCUCUCCACCUCCCUCUCCACCUCCCUCUCCACCUCUCUCUCCACCUCUCUCUCCACCUCUCUCUCCACCUCUCUCUCCACCACCUCUCUCUCCACCUCCCUCUCCAUCUCUCUCUCCAUCUCCCUGUCAGUUGUUCUCUCCCUGGUGUCUCUGUAGUCUGUACAGUGUGUCUAUGCAUCAUGGCUGACCUUUUCCCAGUUUAAUGGCUCUUUUUCUCUUUGGUGUGAGAUUUAUGUGUUUGUUGGCCUUGUACCAGCACUACUUUAGCUGAGGAGCAUGUGUGACCAAUCGACCAAUAUGAGCUAAUUUAAUAGAGAGUAGAUAUGUCCCUAUAACAUCACCAUAACAUCCCAUAAUGUUCCCAUUACAUUCCUUGUCUUACCUACUAGUAAUAAGUUCCUUCUCGUAUACAGUCUUUUCGUCCUUUCUUUCUUUGCGUUUGUGUCAGUGUGUGUGUGUGUGCGCGCGCGUGUUUGUGUGAUUGACAGCCUGUCUCAGGCCUGUCUGUAUGCAGAGUGGUGUGUGUACUGAUAGGUUAAGGCCAGGCAGUAAUAGACCAUAGAAAUGCAGAUUAAACAGGGUGCUGUUUGCACAUCAGCAUCUGAUUGAGAGUCAAUCCUAUGCAUAAAUACAUGAUGGCCAUCAGGAUUCAUAGACUGGGGUAAAUAACCUCACAACCCUCUCGCUACUUAUUUCAAAGAUGUGCGAGCAGACACUACCCACACACACAAACAGUAUCACCCACUCACUCCCUAUCUCGCUCUCUCUCUCUCACACACACAACACACACACACCAAUAUCCUUCACACAGACACACACAGACCAAUAUCCUUCACACAGACACACACACUUGCCCCGGUGUCAUUUCUAUUUCUCACCAAUCCGCCCACAGAAGCGGUGAGUGUGUCUCAGCUGAGCGCUUCGGCCCUUUUAGAGAAUUACUGCAUGGUUAUCAAAGACAUUUACAUUAACCCUGGUCACUGUCUCUGACCUCUCCUCUCCUCUAUCUCCCUCUCUUGGCUCUUCUUCCCUUCUCUCUCUCUCUCUCUCUUCUUCUCUUCUCUCUCUCUCUCUUCUUCCCUUCUCUCUCUCUCUCUUCUCUUCUUCCUUCUUCCUCUCUCUCUCCUCUCUUCUCCUUCCUCUCUCUCUCUCUUCUUCCGUUCUCUCUCUCUUCUCUCUCUCUUCUUCCAUUCUCUCUCUCUCUCUCCUUCUUCCUUCUCUCUCUCUCUCUUCUUCCAUUCUCUUCUCUCUUUUUUCCCUUCUCUCUCCUCUCUUCUUCUUCCCUUCUCUCUCUCUCUCUUCUUCCAUUCUUCUCUCUCUCUCUCUUUCUUUCCCUUCUCUCCUCUUCUUCUCUCUUUCUUCUCUUCUCUCUCUCUCCCUUCCCUUCUCUCUCUCUCUUCUUCCUUUCUCCUCUCUCUCUCUCUCUCUUUUUUCCCCUUCUCUCUCUCUCCUCUUCUCUCUUCCAUUCCUCUCUCUUUUUCCCCAUCUCUCUCUCUCUAAUAACAUUUUGACAUUAGAGGAUCUCUCCCAAAUGCCUUUAAACCCCCCCCCCCCCCCCCCCCCUCCAAACACACAACCUCCUUCCGUUGUCCGUGUGUAUGUGUGUAGGGGGGGAUUGUCUAAGGCUGAUAACGUUUCAUUCAUAAUUAGCAUUGGGCGAAUGAGGCUGCGUUGGGGGGAAAUUGAACUGUCAGCGGCGGGGCGCGGGCCGUUUGACCCCAUCACGCCCGGAGGGGGCCAUCAUAAUUUGUUCAUUUGGUGCCCAUCAGGCAGGCUGCGCCUCCCUACGCCUUACCCCCCUAACCUCCCCCGGUGUGGGUGCGCUGGGUUCAGGUCUAAUUAUGAAUCAGCAGUGGACUGGGAGAGGCAGGAAUAUAGCAGCCCUGCCCUCCACACACCCCUACCUGCCACUCACACAUAUACACACACACACACACACACACACACUGUCUGGGUAUAAAUAGGUUUAAAUGCCCUGUAGGAAAUAGUGCAAUAUGCAAUUGGUUGAUUUGGAUGGGAUGGGAUGUGGCUGGGUGAGGGUGUGUGUGUGGGGGGGGGUCUGUCUGUCUGUCUGUCUCUCUGAAUCAAGCCCCUGAUGCAAAGGCUUCAAUUAAACUGAUGCCACUGUGGUAAGAUUUACUGACUGAGUCUUGGUGUACCAUAACUGUCCGUGUUUCUUUGAAAGUACAAAGAUUAAUCACUUUUAAGAAAUCUAAUUUAGUGACGAAUGGUCCCAGAUGAGCUAACCUCUGUGUGCUUUGGGCUAACUAACUCCUGUUGGCUUAAUAAGGUUGUAGGUGACUGUGGUGACAUCUAGCUGACUCCUUCUAGUCAAGGUCUUCUGAUAGACUGACUCAAUUAAUUGUCAUCUCCUGACUGACUGAAGGGAACAAACAAAAUCAUGUCUCUUACACCUCUCUCUCUCUCUCUCCAUCUCUCUCUCUUCUCUCUCUCUCUGACUCCUCUUUUUUUUUUUUUUUUCCCUUUUUCUUUUUCUCUCUCUCUCUCUCUCUCUUCUCUCUCUUAUCUCUCUCCUCUCUCUUCUACUCUCUCUCUCCUCUCUAUCUCUCUCUCAUAACAAUCUCAAAGUACACAAGCAGGCCACUGUCACAAAAACAGAAAAUGGAUUUUCAAUACAUCCCCAUACAUCUCCUAACACACACACUUUCUCUUAAAUUUGACAUAUUAUGCGUUCACAUGCUCACCAGACGCAAAGUUAGGGUUAGCCCCUUUUGAAUAUGUCAGCGGGAUUUUCAGGUAAUUUACCAGAGAGGAUGCUGGGAAGGAGUGAGCGUGUCGUCCCGCAGCGUGGGUGUGUGUGUCCAGGCUCUGAAGGUGACUGGCGUGUGUGUCAUCCAUCACAGUAGCUUCCUUUAAGUUGAGACAUAAUAGAGCCUCUCAAUCAACUUCCUCUCCCAUUGUCAGCUUCCCCCAAGUCCAGGAGAGACCAGACAAAAAGGGACCCUCCAAGGGUGUGUGUGUGUGACACGGGAAUCAAGGUUACAUCCCUAGCCUGCUGUUAUUUACACUUUGGGUCUGGAGGAUGCGUCCUGCCUCACAGGCCAAAAGUGAUGGAAGACUGGGGGAGGGUGUGUGUGUCUCUGUGUGUGUGUGUUAGGACAUUACUGUCUGCUGUGUCAAAUUGGUGAUGAUAAGCGGUUUGAAACCCUGUCCUAUCCUGUCCUCCUUUCCUCUCUCCCUCCCUCCCUCCUCUCGGGGGUGCUAGACAGGACCUUGAGCGCGGAGGGAGCAGGAUGUGCUUGUCAGGAAGGUAAAUCUGCUCUGUGAAGGCGUGGCAGACAUUACGGCCAGCUUUAUCGACAACGACUGCUCUGACACAAACAAAAGUGGCCCGAUAAAUUUCCCCUGUUGGCGUGACGGGCAAGUGUGAGGGCGCCGUGCCGUGACAAAUGUUUGUUUGACCCCCUUCCUGUCUGUGUGUCUGGGAAGUCUGGGGGUACCCGACACGUCUGGGCUGGCUAUUACCAGGGGAGGAUGGGGAUAACCUGUUCUCCUCUCCUAUGUGUCAUUGUAGGAGGACUUUUUGACUGUGAUUAGCCAGUCUGUUUCUGUUUACUAACUAACUUGUUUUGUCAGCACUUUGAGUUCCACCCUGUUGUAUUUCAAACUGAUUCUCCACACUCACACACCAUGACAAUCCUGAGAAUGUCUCACACAUAUAUCUUCUUCUUUCUCCUUACCCCUUCUCCUAUCGUCUGAUCUGAAAGAGACUGGCAAAUAUGUCCAUCCACCUCCAUCUCCUGUCAAACACCUCUUUUUAUAAUUUCCCUCUCUCUUCCUCUCACUCCCUUCUCUCUCUCUGUCUCUCCCCUCCCUCUCUCUCUUCCCCCCACACUCCAUUCUUUCGUCUCCUCCUCCUCUCUCCUCCUCUCUCUCUCUAUCUCUCUCUAUCUCUCUUCUCUCUCUCUCUCUCGAUCGAUCUCUCUCUCUCUCUCUCUUCUCUCUCUCUCUCUCUCUCAAUUCAAUUUCAAUUUCAAUUUAAGGGCUUUAUUGGCAUGGGAAAUGUGUGUUAACAUUGCCAAAGCAAGUGAAGUAGAUAGUAAACAAAGUGAAAUAAACAAUAAAUAUUAACAGUAACACUUACACUCAAAGUUUCAAAAAGAUAAAGACAUUUCCAAAUGUCAUAUUAUGUAUAUAUACAGUGUUGUAACAAUGUACAAAUAGUUAAAGUACAAAUGGGAAAAUAAAUAAAACAUAAAUAUGGGUUGUAUUUACAAUGGUGUUUGUUCUUCACUGGUUGCCCUUUUCUUGUGGCAACAGGUCACAAAUCUUGCAGCUGUUGAUGGCACACUGUGGUUUUUCACCCAGUAGAUAAGGGAGUUUAUCAAAAUUGGGUUUUGUUUUCGAAUUCUUUGUGGAUCGCUGUAAUCUGAGGGAAAUAUGUGUCUCUAAUAUGGUCAUACAUUUGGCAGGAGGUUAGGAAGUGCAGCUCAGUUUCCACCUCAUUUUGUGGGCAGUGUGCACAUAGCCUGUCUUCUCUUGAGAGCCAGGUCUGCCUACGGCGGCCUUUCUCAAUAGCAAGGCUAUGCUCACUGAGUCUGUACAUAGUCAAAGCUUUCCUUAAGUUUUGGGUCAGUCACAGUGGUCAGGUAUUCUGCCACUGUGUACUCUCUGUUUAGGGCCAAAUAGCAUUCUAGUUUGCUCUGUUUAUUUGUUUGUUCUUUCCAAUGUGUCAAGUAAUUCUCUUUUUGUUUUCUCAUGAUUUGGUUGGGUCUAAUUGUGUUGUUGUUGUUGUUGUUGUCCUGGGACUGUGUGGGGUCUGUUUGUGUUUGUGAACAGAGCCCCAGGACAAGCUUACUUAGGGGACUCUUCUCCAAGUUCAUCUCUCUGUAGGUGAUGGCUUUGUUAUGGAAGGUUUGGGAAUCGCUUCCUUUUAAGUGGAUAUAGAAUUCUCUCCUCUCCUCUCUCUCUCUCUCUCUCCUCUCUCUCUCUCUCCCCCUCACUCCCCUCUCUCUCUCCCUCACUUCCUCCUCUCUUCCUCUCACUCCCUUCUCUCUCUCUCUCCUCUCUCUCUAUCCCUCCCCCUCUCUGUCCAUCUCUCAGCUUGUCAAGGUAAACACAUAGCACCAACAGCAGCAGGUGUAACAGAAGGUUUCAGGAGGUGUUAACUACUUGUUUUAGCGUUAGUUCUCUCACUUUACUCUCAUUAACACAGGGUUGAUAUCCAUGUGUCUGUCUGUCAGAGAGACAGGGAGGAGGUGGAAGUUAAGCUGGUAGAGUGAUGGGCAUACUAUAGCCUAAUUAGUAUAUGGGCAAUAUACAGUGCAUUCGGAAAGUAUUCAGAUAUUUACAUUUUUACAUUUUAGUCAUUUAGCAGACGCUCUUAUACAGAGCGACUUACAGUUAGUGAGUGCAUACAUUUUUCAUACAGACCCCUUCCCUUUUUCCACAUUUUGUUAUGUUGCAGCCUUAUUCUAAAAUGGAUUAAAUAAAAUAAAAUCCUCAUCAAUCUACACACAAUACCUCAUAAUGACAAAGCAAAAACAGGUUUUUACAAAAGUUUGCAAAUGUAUUAAAAAUACAAAACUGAAAUACCUUAUUUAAGUAAGUAUUCAGACCCUUUGCUAUGAGACUCAAUAUUGAGUCUCCUGUUUCCAUUGAUCAUCCUUGGGAUGUUUUACAACUUGAUUGGAGUUCACCUGUGGUCAAUUCAAUUGAUUGGACAUGAUUUGGAAAGGCACACACCUGUCUAUAUAAGGUCCCACAGUUGACAGUGCAUGUCAGAUUAAAAACCAAGCCAUGAGGUCGAAGGAAUUGUUCGUAGAGCUCCGAGACAGGAUUGUGUCAAGGCACAGAUCUGGGGAAGGGUACCAAAACAUUUCUGCAGCAUUGAAGGUCCCCAAGAACACAGUGGCUUCCAUCAUUCUUAAAUGGAAGAAGCUUGGAACCACCAAGACUCUUCCUAGAGCUGGCCGCCCGGACAAACUAAGCAAUCUGGGGAGAAGGGCCUUGGUCAGAGAGGUGACCAAGAAGUCGAUGGUCACUCUGACAGAGCUCCAGAGUUCCUCUGUGGAGUUGGGGGAACCUUCCAGAAGGACAACCAUCUCUGCAGCACUCCACCAAUCAGGCCUUUAUGGUAGAGUGGCCAGAUGGAAGCCACUCCUCAGUAAAAGGCACAUGACAGCCCGCUUGGAGUUUGCCAAAUGGCACCUAAAGGACUCUCAGACCAUGAGAAACAAGAUUCUCUGGUCUGAUGCAAUCAAGAUUAAACUCUUUGGCAUGAAUGCCAAGCAUCACGUCUGGAGGAAACCUGGCACCAUCCCUACGGUGAAGCAUGGUGGUGGCUGCAUCAAGCUGUGGGGAUGUUUUUCAGCGGUAGGGACUGGGAGACUAGUCAGGAUUGAGGGAAAGAUGAACGGAGCAAAGUACAGAGAGAUCCUUGAUGAAAACCUGCUCAGGACCUCUGACCGGGGGCGAAGGUUCACCUUCCAACAGGACAACGACCCUAAGCACACGCCAAGACAAGGCAGGAGUGGCUUCGGGACAAGUCUCUGAAUGUCCUUGAGUGGGCCAGCCAGAGCCCGGACUUGAACCUGAUCGAAUGUCUCUGGAGAGACCUGAAAAUAGCUGUGCAGCGACGCUCCCCAUCCAGCCUGACAGAGCUUGAGAGGAUCUGCAGAGAAGAAUGGGAGAAACUCCCCAAAUACAGGUGUGCCAAGCUUGUAGCGUCAUACCCAAGAAGACUCAAGGCUGUAAUUGCUGCCAAAGGUGCUUCAACAAAGUACUGAGUAAAGGGUCUGAAUACUUGUGAUAUUUCUGUUUUUUUAUUAAUUUGCAAAAAAACUAUUUUUGCUUUGUCAUAUGGGGUAUUGUAUGUAGAUUGAUGAAGGAGAAAAAAAAACAAUUUAAUCAACUUUAGAAUAAGGCUGUAACGUAACAAAAUGUGGAAAAAGUCAAGGGAUCUGAAUACUUUCCGAAUGCGCUGUAUGGCUAUGAUUGUCCUGAUGUUGAGACAGAUAAUUAUGUCACUGCAUGGUUGGACUGGGUGUCAACAAGGUAGCCUUUUACUGUUAAUGAAGAUUGAGCCACUAAACAGUGAAAAAAAGUUUUUUCGCCUUUUCACACAAGAAUGUGACAUGAUGGGGGCAUCCGAUAACUAAAAAUGAUAAGAGUGUAACACCAUUUAGGCCUAGUAGCUUCAAUCUUCAUUAAAAGUAGCAUUUUGUAACAGUUGUUGAUGGGGGUAUUGCAAUGGAGUGUCAUUUUGUGCCUAUGUAAAGUGUUACGAAACCACCUAGCCAGCUUACAUAUAUUUGUUUUUGCAUGUAGCCUAAUUGUGAUUGCUUGCAUCUGUCUUUGUCUGUGUAAAGUAGAUGGCUUUUACCACUAUACGUAGACUAGAUUAGCUUGAGUCGAGAGAAUGCCAUUGCCACUGUCCAAUCAACGAGUCGAAAGAGAGUCAGGCCGGUUAAUCAGAAUAAGAAUGCACAGAAAAUAGAAUGAAUAAAAGAACGAAUAGAAUACAGAAUGAAAGCGGGACCAUGCUGAUGUAGCGAGGGGAAAAUAAAGAACAAGAAAACACUCCUCUUAACCCCAAGAAUGUGUCAAUAAGUUUCUCCCCCCUCUUCUCCUCCUGACAGGGUGUUUUGUCCUGCCUCUCUAUGCUAUGGUAAUUACAGUUCCUGCUGUUGAAAAGGUAAAAGCUCUGUUAAUAGAAAGCUGAAUGGCAGGCAAGGCCCAGAGCAGGCCUCUAGUGUUCCCAUUCAUUAAGCCUGAGCAGUCCUUCAGCCUGCCGUGGAGCCGCAUCAGACCAUCCGACCACUCACUAAUAACCUGCCUGAUUGGGGACAUACUGUAUAGGAAUAAUAAUAAUACAUUGGGUUUAUAUGGCACUUUUCUAGGACAUGGCUGAAAUGGGACUUUUUCCAGGUAGAAUGGUUGAUGGUUAAUGAACAGAGCGAGGCAUAAGUUGUCAACAAACCCUCAGUUAUCCUGCAGUCAUAAGUGGAGUAGCCUAUGGUAAGUAGAUAUUUAAUGACGAGAGCUGUACCUACGUCACCAAACAACAUACCUACUUCUAUGUGGGGUUAUCUGGGAUUGGUUGCCUGACAAAGACUAUAUUUGUCAAAAUGUUAUCAACCAACAUUCUGCUCUUCAGACCUUUCUCAUUGGUCCUCUCUGUGUGUCCCUAUUUACUCACCCCUGUCCCCUCUCUCUCUCUCUCCUCUCCAGGUGAGCGGUCCAGCAUUUGUCCCAGAGAAGAGCCAUGACCUGCUGCACCGUAUGACAGGUAAAGGUCUGUCAGCCCAGUACCAGUUCCCCAGACAGCCCUGUCUCUACCAGCCCACCAUGGUCUCAGUCCAGAUCAGCCUGACCAACACCUCAGACCACCCUCUGGAACAGAUCCACAUUGGAGACAGGAGCCCCACAGGACUAAACAUACACUGCUUCAAUACUAUAGGUGAGGUAAACGACUAACAGAUAUACACUACCUGACCAAAAGUAUGUGGACACCCCUUCAAAUUAGUGGAUUCGGCUAUUUCAGCCACACCAAUUGCUGACAAGUGUAUGAAAUCAAGCACACAGCCAUGCAAUCUCCAUAGACAAACAUUGGAAGUAGAAUGGCCCAUACUGAAGAGCUCAGUGACUUUCAACAUGGCACCGUCAUAGGAUGCCACCUUUCCAAAAAGUCAGUUGGUGACAUUUCUUCCCUGCUAGAGCUGCCCUGGGCAACUGUAAGUGCUGUUAUUGUGAAGUGGAAACGUCUAGGAGCAACAACAGCUCAGCGGUGGUGGCUACACAAGCUCACAGAGCGUAGUGCGUAAAAAUCGUCUGUCCUCAGUUGCAACACUCACUACCGAGUUCCAAACUGUCUCUGGAAGCAACGUCAGCUCAAGAACUGUUCAUCGGGAGCUUCAUGAAAUGGGUUUCCAUAGCCGGGCAGCUGCACACAAGCCUAAGAGCACCAUGUGCAAUGCCUAGCGUCGGCUGGAGUGGUGUAAAGCUCGCCGUCAUUGGACUCUGGAGUAGUGGAAACGCGUUCUCUGGAGUAAUGAAUCACGCUUCACCAUCUGGCAGUCUGACGGACUAAUCUGGGUUUGGCGGAUGCCAGGAGAACGCUACCUGCCCGAAUGCAUAGUGCCAAAUGUAAAGUAUGGUGGAGGAGGAAUAAUGGUCUGGGGCUGUUUUUCAUGGUUCGGAUUAGGCCCCUUAGUUCCAAUGAAGGGAAAUGUUAACGCUACAGCCUACAAUGACAUUCUAGACGAUUCUGUGCUUCCAACUUUGUGGCAACAGUUUGGGGAAGUAUUCACACCCCUUGCCUUUUUCCACACUUUGUUGUGUUACAGCCUGAAUUUAAAAUUGAUUAAAUGUAGAUUUUUUUGUCACUGGUCUACACACAAUACCCCAUAAUGUCAAAGUGGAAUUAUGUUUUUAGAUAUGUUGGCAAAUUAAUUAAAAAUGAAAAGCUGAAAUGUCUUGAGUCAGUAAGUAUUCAACCCCUUUGUUAUGGCAAGCCGAAAUAAGAUCAGGAGUAAAAAUGACAUAAAAAACAGAGUGAAAACACUGAAGCCUGUACAGAAUAAAAAUAUUCCAAAACAUGCAUCCUGUUUGCAACAAGGCACUAAAGUAUUACAGCAAAAAAUGUGGCAAAGCAAUUAACUGUUAGUCCUGAAUACAAAAUAUAUGGCAAGACCUGAAAAUGGUUGUCUAGCAAUGAUCAACAACCAAUUUGACAGAGCUUGAAGAAUUUUGAAAAGAAUAAUGAAGAAAUGUUGUACAAUCCAGGUGUGGGAAGCUCUUAGACUUACAGCUUUAAUCGCUGCCAAAGGUGAUUCUAACAGGUAUUGAUUGACUCAGGGGGUUGAAUAUUUAUCUAAUCAAGAUGUGUUUUAUUUUUCAUGAUAUUCUUUUACAAAUGUUAAAAUAUUCCUUCGACUUUGACAUGACAUUUUGUGUAUAUCGUUGAUUACAAAAAUGACACUUAAAUCCAUUUUAAUCCCACUUUGUAACACAACAAAAUGUGGAAAGAGUCAAGGGUGUACUCUGAGUGUAAAAAACAUUAAGAACACCUGCUCUUUCCAUGACAUAGACUGACCAGGUGAAUCCAGGUGAAAGCUAUGAUCCCUUUUUGAUGUCACUUGUUAAAUCCACUUCAAUCAGUGUAGAUGUAACUCAAUAUUACGACGGAGUUCUUAAUGUUUUGUACACUCAGUGUAUAUAGGACAAGCUCAUUGUAAUGGCUGGAAUGGAAUAUCUGGAACGAUAUCAAACAUAUGGAAACCACAUAUUUGACUCCGUUGCAUUAAUUCCAUUCACGCCAUUACAAUGAGCCCGUCCUCCUAUAGCCCCUCCCACCAGAGCAAGAGAGCGAGAAACAUCAUCCAGGUUAUGAAUGAUGUCAUAUCGAGGGAAAGGCCUUGAAAACGACCCUACAUUACACUGCCAUCCAGGACCUAAUGAUUUUAAUUUGCACAUACAGGUAUGACCCUCAAUAUGUGUUCUUACAAAUCUAUAUGAGGCCUCUUAUGUUCCAUGUCGUUUUAAAAUAGGUGCUCUGCUGGUCAUUCCAGUGCCUGCAUUAGUAGAUCAUUAUACCAUGGAGGACUAUAAGCCUAUAUGAUAGGAAACCAUCAAUACCUUGUUUUCUAUUAUAAUCUUCUAUAGCUGAGAUUGGGCAUAUUAAUCCACAUAAUCCCUGGGAGACCAUAAUGAUUAUGAAUAUCUCCAUUCAUAACACACACACACCUCUGAGCCCAACUCUCCCUGCAGACCUCAAAGAAAAGCAAAAGAAGAGAUUUAAAAAAUAUACAGAGGUGCGCUCAAGCAUUGUUAAAAGCUUCAAUUGGCUGUGGAUUGAUUGGGCAUUGAAGGAACUCAGGCUGCCAAACACUGGGUAAUUGGGAUCGAUUGAGUUUGGAGCAUGUGUGUGUGUAGAGUCGGUUUUCAUAUUGAGCAGGAGAAAGUGAAUGCGGAAGAAAUACCUUACUCUAUCACAGUGUCUUUCUUUACCUCAUAAAGAAUUGAUACAGAGCACUGUUCCUACAGCAGCAUGGCCCACAAUGUGUUUCAACAUAUCUGGCGCUUCUACACUUGCAUCUACAUGUACAGUGCCUUGCAAAAGUAUUCAUCCCCCUUGGCGUUUUUCCUAUUUUGUUGCAUUACAACCUGUAAUUUAAAUGGAUUUUUUCUUUGGAUUUCAUGUAAUGGACAUACACAAACUAGUCCAAAUUGGUGAAGUGAAAUGAAAAAAAUUACAACAUUCUAAAAAAAUUAAUAACGGAAAAGUGGUGCGUGCAGAUGUAUUCACCCCCUUUGCUAUGAAGCCCCUAAAUAAGAUCUGGUGCAACCAAUUACCUUCAGAAGUCACAUAAUUAGUUAAAUAAAGUCCACCUGUGUGCAAUCUAAGUGUCACAUGAUCUGUCACGUGAUCUCAGUAUAUAUACACCUGUUCUGAAAGAGUCUCCAACACCACUAAGCAAGGGGCACCACCAAGCAAGCGGCACCAUGAAGACCAAGGAGCUCUCCAAACAGGUCAGGGACAAAGUUGUGGAGAAGUACAGAUCAGGGUUGUGUUAUAAAAAGAUCUCAAACUUUGAACAUCCCACGGAGCACCAUUAAAUCCAUUAUAAAAAAAUGGAAAGAAUAUGGCACCACAAUAAACCUGCCAAGAGAGGGCCGCCCACCAAAACUCACGGACCAGGCAAGGAGGGCAUUAAUCAGAGAGGCAACAAAGAGACCAAAGAUAACCCUGAAAGAGCUGCAAAGCUCCACAGCGGAGAUUAGAGUAUCUGUCCAUAGGACCACUUUAAGCCGUACACUCCACAGAGCUGGGCUUUACGGAAGAGUGCCAGAAAAAAGCCAUUGCUUAAAAAAAAAAAAAUCUGCAAACACAUUUGGUGUUCGCCAAAAGGCAUGUGAGAGACUCCCCAAACAUAUGGAAGAAGGUACUCUGGUCAGAUGAGACUAAAAUUGAGCUUUUUGGCCAUCAAGGAAAACGCUAUGUCUGGCACAAACCCAACACCUCUCAUCACCCCGAGAACACCAUCCCCACAGUGAAGCAUGGUGGUGGCAGCAUCAUCAUGCUGUUGGGGAUGUUUUUCAUCUGCAGGGACUGGGAAACUGGUCAGAAUUGAAGGAAUGAUGGAUGGCGCUAAAUACAGGGAAAGUGUUGAGGGAAACCUGCUUCAGUCUGAGAGGAGAGAGAGAGAGAGAGAGAAGAAGAAGAGAGAGAUCGACGAGAGAGAGAAUAGAGAGCGAGAGAGAUCUCUAUCGAUCGAUAGGAGAGCGAGAUGCGAGGAGAGAGAGAGAUAGAUAGAUCGAGAGAGCAGAGAGAGAGAGAGAAGAGAGACUUUCUCUACUCACAUAUCUCUCUUUGCUUCAUGUCUUUCUCUCCAUCUUCCUUCCUCAUAUCUCUCUCAUCCCUCUCUCUUGUCCUACUUUAUACAUAUCCUUCUCUCUUUCUCGCUCUUCUUUCCUCUCCUUCACUCUCUCUUCAGACCCUGACAUUCUCUUUGACAAACCUGUUGUUUUGGAAAUACGCUAUUAUUAUUUUUUUUUUCACAUCAUUGGUUGCGGAGGCAUGGAGAUUGAAAGAAUGGUAUUUGUUCACACCGGGUGGCCUUGCCGUUGUGAAGUAGAAAACACAAGUAGUGUCUUGUCUGCAUGCCUGUCUGUUCCACUCUAAUGCCCUCAUAUUCCUCUCCUCACUUCUGCCCCCCUCAUCGCCCCCUCUGCCCUUGUCACUCACUCUUCCUCUCCUCCUCCUCUCUUCCCUCUUCCAUCUCUCUCUUCUUCGUUUGCACCCUCCCUUGCUCUCUGCCCUUGUCACUCACUCCUUUCUUCCUCUCCUCCUCUUCUCUCACUUCUUCUGCCCCCUCCCUCCCCCUCUGCCCUUGUCACUCACUCCUCUCUUCUUCUCCUCCUCCUCUCCGUUCUCAGAGUGUUUGGAGCCGGAGGCCUCAGUGACUGUUUCCAUGGGCAUCGACUUCAACGACUCAACACAAGCAGCCAACUUCCAGCUGUGGUAAGAUACCCUGUCCUCUAGUCAUUAUAUACAGUGAGGCUGAAACAACUAUGGCCAUCUUCUUCUUCUUCCUCCUCCUCUCCCUAACCUGCUUUUCUUCUAGCUGUAGAAGAAAACUCCCCUUUUCUGUCCAUUAUCUCUUCUCUACCCCACCACUUCCUCCUCUCCUCUCCUCUCCGACUCCCAGGUGAGGCGUCAGCCACCAUUGAUCCUGUUUCACAGAGAUAACAAUUAUCCUCCUCUGUAAUGAACUCUGCUCUGUUCUGACUUCCCAAACCAGAGCAGACCAGAACAGCAGGCCCUCAGGCUAUUGGCACCUCUCUGCUCUGCUCGCUGAUCAAUAGGCUGAUCAGAAAUCCUUUUUGGGACAGAGCGAAUACAAUCCACCCCAAAAUGCCAAUCACCCAGUUUGUUCUGUAUGGCAAUCAGAACAGAGAAAAUGUCACAUACACACACCACUAAUUUCAAAUUUGUUGAGCAUUACUGGUAGCUUGAUUUUGUUAUUAGGUAUGUGAUCGCAAAACACUACAAUACUAUCAUACACACGGACAGAAACAUAACACAGUAACAUAGUUGUGGUCCUGUGACACUCACUGUUGUCCUGUUUGUCCAUCAGUACGAAGGAGGACCAUUUCAGUGUGUCCAUCCAGCCUGCCGUAGGAGAACUCUUCCUGCCCAUCACCAUGACCGAACUGGACUUCCACAAGGAGCAAGGUGAGCUUUCAUACAGCGUUAACUACAAAAAUAAUAUCAUAAUCAUUAUCUUACACAAUCACACUAAACAUUAUCUACAUUAUCAUCAACAUGACCAAUCACUAGGUAUUUCAUGGUGUUUAGGAUAAGUAACAGUUAAAGAAAGUGCUACUGAGAUGUGUGCUGUAGUCAGACCAAUCAAAGCAGAAACAAAGGCAGUUUGUUGUUAAUGGCUUCAUAAGUGAUGCCAAUAAUACAGGCCAGCUUUCUAUGGAGGCUUUAAUGCAAAAAUGCGUCAUAAUAAAAAUGCAUUUUCCAUUCAACUUCAAUGGUCCUCCAAGAGUGGCUGAAUAUCUUGUCCACAUGCACUCACACGCCUAGGAGAGCUUUUGAGAGAAUGUGGUGUGUAGGCCACCACUCUUCUCUAAGUGCCUACUAAAUGCCUUCCUCGUGUUGUUAAUUAAUUAAUUAAUCUUCAUUCACUAGAUUCAUAUUCUGAUCUCUACUCCUCACAGCAAUCAGAGAGAAGAGGAGACAAAAGCUAGAUUUAACCCACCCCCUCUUUUAAAGAAGAUUCUUUAAACUGAACAACUUUACUACUCGUCAGGUGGUCUUUAGAAACAGAUUUGUUAUUUUGACCUAAAUGGAGUAGUGUCCCUUGGGUAACUUGUGCCCCCCACCACACACACACACCCCACUCACUCUAACCUGCCUCCAUCCCUCCUUCCCUCCUUCCCCCAUUCACUCCAGUCCUCAUUAAAAACCAUUUUUGGCGUGUUGGGUGCCCUUUCUUUAUUCAUCUUCCGCACAGUCAAGCUCUCAAGCACUAUGUUCAUUUCCUGUCAUCUGUCAGAAUGAGGAGAGUGUGCUGGCUGUGUGUCACCGGGUGUUGAGUGCAGUCAAUGAAUAUUAUUCUCCAGCGCACCUGCAAAGCAACCUCUAGAUGUGAUGUGAGUGCAUCAUUUCACUAAACUGUUUCUCACCCAAUCAGGUAAACUGCUGGGCAUGAACGAGAGCUCGGCAACCAUCACCAUGGCAGCAGAGAACAUGACCAGCCAACCAAUCAGCAGACCGGUGGCAACCGUGGCCAACCUGGGAGUGGUUCCAUCCGGUCAAGACAACGUCCACAGGUGUGUGUGUGUUUUUUUUUAGGCUAUUUUAGGUUAGGGGUUGGCAUUUUGAAUGGGAAUAAAUUGUUUGGUCCCCACAAGGAUAGUAAAACAAACGUGUGUGUUUGUUUUUUCGGCUCUGCUUUGCAUGUAUGUGUUUGACUAUAUCUGUGUGUCCCUGCCUGAGACUGCUGUGCCAGGGGAAUGCCUAGAGAACGGUGUGUGAAGUCUUGCUGUGUAAUUGGUGUACACAGGGUGUGCUAAUGAGCUUCCUUCUCCGUCACGCACACACACACCUGACGGAUAAUUACCCCUCCAUCUAUCUCUCUCCCGCUCUCUCUCUCCGUUUCCUCACCUGUCUCUCUUUCACUUCCUCUUUGUCCCUACCUCCCUGUCUGUCUAUCCAACUGUCUGAAUGUCUGUCUCUCUCUCCCUCUCUUUCUCUCUUUCGGUUUGAGAGAGAGGGUGAGUAACAGGGAGGGAAAUAGGGUGUGGAUGAGUAAGGGAUCUUAGGGGGAGAGAGGGAGGACGGGGGGAAGAAACAGAAGGGGAUGGAAAAGCAAAGGGGGAGAUGGAGAGAAGGAAAAAUAAAGGGGAGAGGAGGAAUGAGACACUAGCACAAGGUUACAGGGAGGAGAGGAGGAGUGGAGGAGAGGAGA